AUGGCCCCGCGGAGGGGCCUCUGGGCCCUCCUCCUCGUGCUCGUGCUGACCACGGGGCUGCCGCGGGGCGGGGCGAUGGGGCUGAAGCUGCCCUUCAGCCCCGGGGACGUGCUCCCGAUCCUGCCGCGCCAGGUGGCGUGGCCCGUCAUGAACACGCUCCACAGCGCCGUCGACCUCCUGCCCUCCUUCGUCGCCGCCGUCGCCCCGGGCGACCCCGCCCCCGCCGCCUGGAACGGCUCCUGCUUCGCCGUCAACGAGGCCGCCAUCCAGCUCACCCCGGGCGACCGCAACGGGACCCAGAUUGGCGGCGCCGUGCUACGCCUCAAGACUGCUUCUGCUCAGAGCUGGACAUGCAUGGAUCUUUAUGUGUUUGCAACACCAUAUAGGAUAACAUGGGAUUACUACUUUGCGGCCCGCGACCACACUUUGGAGAUAACGUCAUGGGAAGAAGAAGCAGAACUGGAAUAUGUUAAGCAGCAUGGCAUCUCUGUUUUUCUCAUGCCAUCCGGGAUGCUUGGGACUUUGUUAUCUUUGAUUGAUGUCCUGCCUUUGUUUUCAAACACUGGCUGGGGUCAAAAUUCCAACUUGGCCUUUUUAGAGAAGCAUAUGGGAGCUACAUUUGAGAAACGCUCUCAACCUUGGGUUGCUAAUAUUAGAAAGGAGGAUAUACAAUCUGGUGACUUUUUGGCUCUGUCAAAGAUUCGAGGACGAUGGGGUGGGUUUGAGACAUUAGAGAAAUGGGUAACUGGUGCAUUUGCUGGGCAUACUGCUGUCUGCCUGAAAGAUGAGAAUGGUGAACUCUGGGUUGCAGAAUCAGGUUUUGAGAAUGAAAAGGGAGAAGAAAUUAUUGCUAUAGUUCCUUGGGAUGAGUGGUGGGAAAUGGCACUCAAGGAUGGAUCAAAUCCUCAGAUAGCCCUUUUGCCAUUGCACCCUGAUAUACGUUCUAGAUUCAACGAAAGUGCUGCAUGGGAUUUUGCCCGGAGCAUGGCAGGAAAGCCCUAUGGCUAUCAUAACAUGAUAUUUAGCUGGAUUGAUACUAUAGGCGACAAUUAUCCACCUCCCCUUGAUGCUAAUCUGGUAAUGGCUGUUAUGUCCAUGUGGACUAGAUUACAACCACUUUAUGCUGCAAACAUGUGGAAUGAAGCUCUUAACAAACGACUUGGGACUGAGGGUUUGGACCUCAAGGGUAUCAUUGUUGAGGCUGAAAGUCGUGGCAUGUCUUUUGAUCAGCUGCUUACCAUCCCUGAGCAAGAUGAAUGGGUAUACAGUGAUGGCAAAUCAACCACUUGUGUUUCCUUCAUUCUUGCAAUGUACAAAGAGGCUGGAGUGUUUGCUCCUUUCACAGAGUCGAUUCAGGUCACCGAGUUCACUAUACGGGAUGCAUACAUGCUCAAGAUUUUCGAGGACAACCAUGUGAAUCUUCCGAGCUGGUGCAAUGCUGAGGCAGAUAAGCCUCCCUUCUGCCAGAUACUCGGGGAGUACAAGAUGGAGCUACCCGAGUACAACUCCAUAGAGCCGUAUGCGAAAAUGAACGAGAACUGCCCAUCAUUACCACCGACGUACAAGCGGCCAUCACGCUGCUGACAUGAAACAACAUAUAUAAGCUGAUGCUGCUGUUCCUGUAGUAAAUUGUUGUCUAAGUUAUG